AAGUGCCGAACUUGCAAUCGAUACCUUUCCUAAUCGGGUUAUCAACAUUUCGGCUGUGAUUCUCACUACGCGAGAUGGCGGUGGUUUUCCAGGCUGCACUUCCGCCCAGCAGUCCACAAAUGACAGAGUCAUCUCGUCCAAGUAUGCGCAGGAAGAGUUCUGCGCAGAACCUCCUGUCGUCAUUUAAGCCUCCAAAUGGCUCCGUUAAUACGGCAACGGUGGGCAGCAUAUCAUCAGCUACCAGCGUUGCUUAUACCUCGGUCUCCACCCCGACUACGAUUGCUGCAUCCGGCAGGGAAUGGGAUGGCCAAUCUGUUCACUCUGACACCCUCUCAUCUAGUGCUACGCUGGUGGGAAAUGGCACCCCGGUGAUCGCGCAGGGGACCUCUGUCGAAUACCUCCGAGACUUGGUGCAGAAGCGGAUCAUCACAUUAACCUACAUGAGAAAUGUACAUGAAGGGAGAAGUCAUUGGUUCCACACCAUUAUGAUGUCUAAGAAUGAACUCGAUAAGGUAUUCAAUAACUUAGCUAUGCGCAAACGGACAUAUCGAUUUGCUAUCCUUGCGAUGUCGCUCUCGAAUCUGCUGGAUAUACCUCAAGUGCAAGACUUUCUUCGCGGACUGAUGAACACUAUGAAUGAAUAUGACCAGGCGAAGGAGGAGCCCGACAAACCAAAGAUCCGGUUAUUCCGGUCCAAAGUGGCCAAACGACAAGCCGCUGGCGGUUUCGCUGAAUAUACUGUACCAUAUACGGAUGGAUCGGAAACAUCAUACCUUGUUUCACCUCAUAUACCAUUUCCUUUAGACUAUCAUCAGACCCUUCUCUCCCUCCUAGAUGUCAUUUCUGAAGUUUACAACAAAAUAUCGCGAAUACUCGGUCCCUCCCCAUUUCCCAACUCUGGGCAACACAUGAUGGGACCUCUUGGGCUCCUCGCACCACAUCCUGGCGUUUCCUAUCUGUUCUCUGGCGCGGACUCCCAUGUGAAGCAAAUGGACGACGGGGACUCCAGCCUAUGGGGUAUCGCCAAUGUACAUGGUGGUUAUGGUAGUUACGGCGGUGCCCUUGGAAGCCCGCCACCUAGCUGGACACCUGGAAUGGGAGAUAUGCUCCUGAAAGUGGACACGAAAUUCAAGAAAAUAACGUCGGCGUUAUUGAAGGAGUUGGACCAAGUCGCUCGAAAUGGCAUCAAGGAUGAAUUGACGUCUCUUGAUCCACUCCUUCGCAACGUUGCUUCACCCGAGGAUGGAAAAGAGAUGUAUGAUUUUGAAGGCAUUGUCUGAUUAACUGGAUUCAUUCGCGGAUUGUAUUAUACCCACCUGCAUGUAUAAUAGUGUAUCAUUCAUGGACUUAUUUCUUGAUAGACAUCUAUACUUGAGAUAGGUGUUCGCUCAGCGGCAUGCCACGAAAUCAAAUCACGCGAACCUGGUCGCGGUGCACAACGAG